AUGAAGGUUCAUGUUGUAUCCAAAGCAGACAACCAGGAGCAUGCGGUUGUAACUCUCGAUCGCCCCGAAUAUGAGAGUCAUGGCCUUUCCACGUCUAGUGUUCGCGUUCAGCCGCUUCUGAUAUCCCUUACUUCGAACAAUCUCAGCUAUGCCCGUGGUGGGGAUUUCCUGCACUGGUGGGAUACGUAUCCCGUCCCCGCCGAGCUCUCCCCGCCAUACAAUGACCAGAAAUCCUGGGGCAUUGUUCCAGCAUGGGGCUACGGCGUCGUGACGGAAUCAACCACAGAGAUCACCCGGGGGACUCUCCUAUGGGGAUUCUGGCCGACGGCGAGCAUUUCUGUCUCGCUCAAACUCCAGCCCUCCGAGCUAAAGGGCCAUUGGACCGAGAUUACCGACUCCCGACAGCGCCUCAUGUCCAUUUAUAACGCAUACAUGGAAGAAGGCCAUAUUGAUCUCCCUGACUUUGUGCCAGGGAUCAAGACUAAGCCAACCAUCAAUAUAUCCUCGUUCGUCGAUGAAAACCUGCUCAAACGCAUGGCGUGGAUCUCGCUUUUCCGUCCAACUUGGCAAACGGGAUAUCUCCUCAGCCGACACACGUUCACCUCGAAUCCGACGACCCAACCGCCGAUUCAUCCGCUGGGAAUGAAUCUCCCCUGGACCGCCGCGGAUGCGGAUAUCUCUGCCGCCGUUGUGAUCAGUCUUUCCGCUUCGAGCAAGACAGCCCGCUCCUUUGCAUACCACGUAUUUCGGCGACGUGUUGUGGAGGGGCCUUGGGGAUUUUUGCAAGUCUCGCAGACACCGGAGGUAUUAGAGCCUGUGGCGGGCAAAUUGGGUGCGAGAAUCCCUACCAAGACUGUGAAGUAUGACCAGAUUGUUGAAUCAGUGGAGUGGAUUGGGAGGUUGAGGCCGAAAAGGAUCGUGCUUGUGGAUUUUGGUGCGCGUGCGGGAACGCUUGCGCAUUUACUUGGGGGUAUCAAAGGUCAUUCGGCUCUUGGGGAUGUCGGCACUACUAUUAUCCAGGUUGGCUCUGAACAGAAGGUCUACUCCGCGGACGAUAUCAAAGAGAAUCGCGAGUCCAUGCAGAAAAUGGGCAAGAUCCAAUUCAAUACUUCGGGGGUGCGCGACUCUGCUGUUGAAUUGACCAGCGCGCAGGAUUAUCACGACCAAUUGCAGCCUAUAUGGGAAGAUUGGAUGCAGGUCAGCCACGAAACCACGCCUGAUAUCCAGAUUACGCUUGGUCGGGGUGUAUCUGGCGAUGAGGGGAUCGAGAAGGGAUGGAGACGGCUGUGUCUGGGGUCUGUGGGCACUCAGGAAGGAUUGUUGUAUGCCAUGUAG